GCGCGGCGCUAGGGGAGAGGAAGGGGGCGGAUGCUGGCGGCGCGGCGGGCACUGUGGCCGGGCUGGCGUUGCUGGGGCUGUGAGCGCAAGAAGAUGAAGCUGCUGGCGGCUGCGGCCCUGUUGGGGCUGGGCGGGUCUCUCCUGCUGCUCCUUUUCCCCGCUGCCCACGGCGAGGAGCGUAAGAAGGGCCCCAAGGUCACGGUUAAGGUGUAUUUUGACCUGCGGAUCGGGGAUGAGGACAUGGGGAGAGUCGUGAUUGGCCUCUUUGGCAAGACUGUUCCAAAGACCGUUGAUAACUUCGUUGCUUUGGCCACGGGAGAGAAAGGGUUUGGGUACAAGGGGAGCAAAUUCCACCGUGUGAUCAAGGACUUCAUGAUUCAGGGAGGAGACUUCACCCGGGGGGAUGGAACAGGAGGUAAAAGUAUCUACGGCAACCAUUUCCCCGACGAGAACUUCAAGCUGAAGCACUACGGGCCUGGCUGGGUCAGCAUGGCCAAUGCCGGCAAGGACACGAAUGGUUCUCAGUUCUUCAUCACCACUGUCAAGACCUCGUGGCUGGACGGCAAGCAUGUCGUGUUUGGCAAAGUCCUGGAAGGCAUGGACGUGGUGCGGAAGGUGGAGAACACCAAGACGGACAGCCGGGACAAGCCUCUGAAAGACGUCACCAUUGCCGACUGCGGCACUAUCGAGGUGGAGAAGCCGUUUGCCAUUGCCAAAGAGUAACAGGUGGCUGCUGGAGAACCAGGCCCCGAGUCCGGCUGCAAAGGGCUGGAGGCCCCCCGUGUGGCAGAGGCCUCGUCACAUCAUCCUCACCGCCUGCUGCCACCACCGCCUGCCCACCUGAAUCUUCCGGCUGGGGGCUCCGUUCCUAUAACAGCAACUCAUUCCAUUGGCCCCUGUGGGCAUCACGGCCCUGAGUAGCUACAGAGGGGAGGGUGCUUUUUUUUUUUUUUUGUAAGAAAGCACAUGGACCAAUAAAUGCAACCAUUGUGUUUUUGUA